UAAUUAUGCCAAUACAGUGUCAAAUGCAGUCACUAUUUCCCGAUGAAGAAAAUGAAAUGAAUAGGUAUAUGGAAACAGCUCAAAAAUUGAAAGAAAGAUUGCGUAAAUUGAAGGAAGAUUUGGAUUCCUACAAAAUGGUAAUCGACGAGGUUAUUACACCAAUGUAUGAAACAAAGAUACUUCAAAACCAGACAUCCGAGCUCACCCAAAAAGUAAACGCACAAAUGACAACUUUUUCUGAUCUGAAGGAAAAAUUAGCUAUCCACGAAACAUUCAUAAACGCAAGCUUAUAUCGUCAAGAAGAUCAACUGUCCAAACUCGAACCUCAACUCGUUCAUUUGGAAAAUCAAUGGCGCAACCAAUCGUCGGAACUGGAGCAAGUGAAGCAGUUGUGGAACGACCUGGGCAACAAAUCGGUGGCCCGCGCCGCCGAUGUGACGUCCCUGGACCACUCCAUCAAGGGGCUGGAGGAGCGUCUGACGCAGCAGGAGGAGAAGGUGAAGGCCCAGGAGCUGGAGACGACCACUCUGGACAACACCUUGCGAGAGGCGGAGGAGGCGCUGGUGAGCCUGCAGGACGACUUGCAGGAGUCGCUGAACCUGCAGGGCCGGCUGGACGGCGUGCUGCUCACCCUGCAGAAGGAGAUAGCCGAGGUGCGCGCCAGCGUGGGCAGCCGCGGCGGAGGGGGCGGCGGCGGCGCGCCCGCCAUCGCAGCCUCGGAGGCCGACGCGCUCUGCAAAAAAUUACCUGUGUGAAGAAUCGAGUUUAAUCUUUUAAUUGAGAUUUCAACAAAACACGAAAUAGGAUAUUAAUUUCAAUUUAUAUUACAGCCAAAUAAACAUUUUAAACAUGUUUUGUCGGCACUAAGAGCAGCAAUUAAUCUUGCCAUCGUUAUUAGCAUUCGUCUUUGGAGUAAACAGAUUCAUGAAUGUAAAUGUAGCACCCAAGGAUUAUUCAUUGUAAACAUAAACAAGAAUAUAAAGAGUUUUUUUUAUAUUUGUAAUAUUCCUUCACCCUUUUAUCUGGGAUACAUAUCAUUAUAUCAUCCUAUUUCACAUGUUCAUAUAUCUCAACUCAAAAAUAGAAAUGAUAAUGAACUUAAAGUAAUAAAAAAUAGUACUGACAUGAAACGAAUGUAUGAGCAAAUUAAGCAAUAAAAUAAAAAGAAACUAAAGAAAAAUAAGUUGUAAACUCUAAAAGAAAAAUAAACAGUAAUAACUCUAAAACUUAGAAACACAGCAACAUUUUUUUU